AUGUUAUCUUCCACAGAGUCCCGUUAUCAAGUGUUCUUGAACUAUCGGGGAGAGGAACUCCGUUCAAGCUUCCUGAGUCAUCUCAUUGAUGCCUUUGAAAGGCAUGGAAUCGACUUCUUCGUAGACGAAUACGAGCUGAGAGGCAAAGAACUCAAAAACCUCUUUGUAAGGAUCCAACAGUCGAGGAUUGCGCUUGCAAUAUUUUCUACCAGGUAUGCUGAGUCGAGCUGGUGUAUGGAUGAGUUGGUGAACAUGAAGAAGCUUGCGGAUAAAGAAAAGCUUCAAGUCAUUCCAAUCUUUUACAAGGUGGAGGCACAAGACGUGAGAGAACAAACGGGUGUGUUUGGUGAACACUUUUGGACGCUCGCAAGAGCUUCUAGUGGAGAUCAGAUCAAGAAAUGGAAAGAAGCGUUGGAAUGUAUCUCCGACAAGAUGGGUUUGCCGCUGAAAGACAAUAGCUCUGAAGCUGAUUUUGUCAAAGAAAUUGUUGAAAAGAUUCAAAGAGUUAUAGCAGCAAUUGGAAUCGAGGAAGAAGAUAAUCAUUUUCGGAAAAAGAGGAGAAAGGUUGCACAUGCGAAUGUGAAAUUCAGAUGA